AGUGUGCAGAUAAUCAAAUAGUAGGCGUUCGCCAGUGUGUUGUGCAAUUCUGGGAACUACUCUACAACCACUCUUUGAAAGGGUAAACAAAGCGAUUCUUAGAAAUCUGGCUCAUAUGGUUGCACCAGAGUGUUUUUGUUUUUGAGCAUCCCAGCUAAGUUUUCCUAGAAUAAUGGCCAAUUUGACUCAUUCAUCAUCAUCGAUGCAAAUUAGCUGCUCCAUUGAACGUUCGAUUUUCGAGCAUCCCUCAGAAUUCUAUGAAUCGUAUCAACAGAAUGGCACCAAGUACUUGAAAAGUCGCAAGCAACUCGAUGCUGGUUUACAAGCGCAAUUAAAUGCUUGCGAGGGAGAGAUUUUCAUACAUUCCAUACCUGCUGAAGUCAGAGCUGAGACCAUUGCAGAAAUUGCUUCCAAAUUGGGUGAGGUGUAUGUGCUGCGUUACAAAGUGAAUUUUUCGGGUCUUUCUAGAGGUUUCGCUUAUUUGCAAUACAUGGAUCCAUCUUUAAUGCAAUAUGCCCUGACCAGGUUAGAAAGAUUGCUACGGCUUUAUGCAUUGCCCAUGAUAAAAGUAUGCCAAUCACGCAAUAGAUCCGUUUUAUUAUUGAAAAGAGCAAACUAUAUGAAGCCAAAAGCUGUCAUUGAAAAUCUCCAGUCUUUGGUGGGAUUCCAGGGAUUGAUGGGUAUCGAAGUACGUCCAGGCUAUUAUGAGUACAAAAUCAUAUUCAAGAGCAACGAGGAGGCUGUUCAUGCGAGACGGGAGAUCUUAAGAGUCAUUUCAAGAUUUGGACGCAAUGCUGCACUUGUUUGGCACAAUGAUCAUUUGUUCGAUAAAUAUAAGCCUCGCAACUACGCUAUGCCUGAUAAUCUAAAGCAGGCGCUUAAAGCAACAUAUCCAGAAGAAUGUCGGGAGUGCCCCAUCUAUUUACAACCUCGAAGCCCAUGUCUACAAUUUAAUCAGUUCCAUUAGAAUGGGAACCACAUUGGACCACACAUGUAUGGCAGUGUGUGGCUAGAAAUAUUUGCAAAUGGAAUUUGGAAAUGUGGCGCUAAAGGAAAAUAUUGCUGCCAUCACGUAUUCAGCUACUAAAUUUAAUCAAUUUGAAUUAUUAUGCACGAUUUAUUUUGUAAUUAUAUGGAUGUCAAUGUAUCGAUGUACCUUUUUGUCUGUAUGUUAAAGAAAAGUUAAAUGAGUCCUGAUUAUCCCAAAUUGAAUUGAAUUGUUUCUUACCCAUGUCAUUCUCAAAAGUUUAUUUAACACUCAUGAAAUUAUUAAUAAACAAUGAAAUAAUUAUAAAGAA